AUGAGCGCGACUGACGAGAAGGCCGCCGUUGACGAGGUGCCGCGGCACGAUGCCGCGGAGAAGGAUGCCGAGGCCGCGCUGCCCGCAAAGGGCCCGGAGAAGCUCCUGACUGUUUUGGAGGAUCCGGACGCCGGUCUGAGCGAUGAGGAGAGGGCCAAGAUUGAUCGCAAGCUGCUGUGGAAGCUCGAUCUCCGCCUCGUGCCCUGGCUCAGCCUGCUCUAUCUUGCCUCCUUUCUCGACCGGACCAACAUCGGCAAUGCAAAGCUCGUCGGUCUUACGGACGACCUAGGCAUGACGGGUAAUCAAUAUAAUGCCACACUCACCGUCUUUUUUGUGUCAUACUCGGUCUUCGAGCCGUUGACCAACGUCUUACUCAAGCGUCUGCGGCCGAGUAUCUUUAUUCCGAUCAUCAUGAUCUGCUGGGGAGUUUGCAUGGCCUGCAUGGGCGUUGUCAAGAACUACUCGGGUCUCCUGGCCGUGCGCUGGUUCCUCGGCCUGGCAGAAGCGGGCCUAUUUCCCGGCGUCGGCUACUUCUUAUCGUGUUGGUAUAAGCGCUCGGAGUUUGGAGUGCGUAUGGCCAUUUUCUUCUCCGCUGCCGCGCUGGCCGGCUCUUUCGGUGGUCUCCUGGCCGCAGCCAUUUCCAAGAUGGACGGUGUCGGCGGCAGGGCAGGUUGGGCCUGGAUCUUUAUCUUGGAGGGGGCGGCGACUGUGUUGAUUGGAAUUAUUUCCUUCUGGAUGGUAUACGACUUCCCCGACCAGGCCAGGUUCCUGUCCGAUGCCGACCGCGCGCGUGUUUUGCGUCGCUUGGCUCUCGACCAGCAGUCUAGCGCGGAGCAUGAGCAGUUCAAGAUGUCCUACUUCUGGGCUAGUGUGAAGGAUUGGAAGACCUAUACAGGCGCUAUUAUCUACAUGGGCGCGGAUGGCUCGCUAUACGCCUUCUCGCUCUUUAUUCCGAGUAUCAUCAAAGAACUAUUGCUGAGUGUGCCGCCCUACGCAGCGGCGGCUAUCUUGACUGUAACUGUCGGCUUUAUUGCUGACCGCACGCGCCAACGUGGACUCUGCAACAUUUGCGUUUCCUUCCUGGGCAUGACGGGGUUUGCCAUGCUUCUUGGCGCCAAAACUGCGGGAGUGCGCUAUGCAGGAACCUUCCUGGGUGCCAUGGGUAUCUACCCGUGCAUCGCUAACACUAUAUCGUGGUCUUCGAACAACAUAGAAGGUGUCUACAAACGCGGUGUCUCGCUGGGAAUCAUCAUUGGCUGGGGAAACCUGAAUGGCAUCGUGUCGUCCAACAUUUACCGCGAUCAAGACGCACCCAACUACUAUCCCGGCCACGGAACGGUGUUGAGCUAUUUGGUCUUGUUUCUGUUUGGCGGCUCCGUGGUGCAGUAUAUCCUGCUGCAGCGUGAGAACCGCAAGCGUCGCAACGGUGAGCGCGACCACUGGAUCGAAGGUCUGGAUCGUAGCCAGAUCGAGCUGCUGGGUGACAAGCGGCCAGACUUUAUAUAUACCAUGUGA